AUGGAGGGAGGGUGGGAAGCAGGGAAGGGAGGCGGCGGCGCUCCCUACGACGCUGCCGAGCCCUCCCAUCACAUGACGGCGCCGGCUGAUGAGGCGGUUCCGCCUGCCCCGGUACCCGGCGCUACCGCCCGCCUUCCUCUACCGCCGGGAGGGCGGUGUGGGGGCGGCCCCGGGACAGCCGCGCUCUCAAGCUGCGGGGACGAGAGUACCAGUUUCAAGAUGUCAGGUGGUCCAAGAAUAUCAUUCAAUGCAAUUGAUUCUGCUCUUUCUUCUUUGAAAAACUGCCAGUCCUACAUCGACUCUGGAAUGGAUGUGGCUACUCAGGUUGCUCUUGACCUUGUGGAAAGUUUCAAUGAUGAAGAAGAUGUUAACAAUAUGGAAAAAGUCAUGUUAGAAUAUGCUACAAUGGACAGAGAACUUAAUCAUUAUAUAAAAGCAUUUGAAGAAACCAUAAAUCAGGUAAAACGAGAAAAACCAGAAAAUUUACCAGAUUUAGAAAACUUGGCGCAAGAAAAAUUCCUUGAAAUGGAGAGCAAGAACAGUGACUCAGAUUUUGAAAGGAAUGAAAAAUAUAUGUAUUUUAAGGAUCAACUUAAGGAGAUGAAAAAACAAUAUCGUGGUAAUGACACCAUUGAACAAAUCGAUGAAGAUAUAGCUGUGACUCGGAGUCAGAUGAACUUUAUUUGUCCCAUUACACAGAUUACAAUGAAGAGGCCAGUGAGGAACAAAGUCUGUGGACACAGUUAUGAAGAAGAUGCCAUUCUAGAAAUGAUCCAGACUCAAAAGCAGAAAAAGAAAAAAGUCCGAUGCCCUAAAAUGGGCUGUAGCCAUGUUGAUGUAAAAGGAUCAGAUCUUAUACCAGAUGAAGCACUUAAAAGAGUGAUUGACAGUCAGAAUAAACAAAGCUGGUCAACGCUGGACACAUGAGCUGGAUAUGCUACUGCCACAAAGAAAAUUUAUUAUUAGAGGUCUUGUGAGAUAAAUUGCUGAUUCUAAAUAGGUUGGAUAACUGGUUGUUAUUUGUUAAGUCUUUCAUUUAUAGGCAAAUCAUUGUUAAAUGUUUCAUUUUUAGCCGAAGUUGAAGGUCUCUGCUGUAACUGAAAGUACUUUUUGAACUCAGGAAUAUAAGGAAUUCCAGUUAAACUUGUUUGGGUUUUUUCUACCUUCCUGAAUUUCUAAAAGGUUGCAUUUGGUAAAUAAAGCAUGUUUUGCAGCAUUUAAA